CGAAGGGUUACCAUUGGUUCAAUCGCAACCUCAACCACCUUCAAUUUUAGACAGUAUGGGUAGGCGCAAACAACUACAUAUCACUUCUACGGACAACAGUAAAAUGCAACAUUAUCCAUCAAAUUCUCAUGAUGCACAAGGUAAUGUGUACAUGGAAGCUAGACCAGCGAGGAUUCAGGAGAACAAAAAAAGACUACGAGAAUUAGGAGUUAAAAACGUUGUGGACUCUAUGACAAGUUUGGUAGACAGUAACAAAAUGAAGAAAAAAACAGUGAAAAGGAACACUCGUGCGGGGGAUGUAGAUUAUAUUCCAAAUCCAGAUCCAGGUGAUGAUUCUGAGGAAGAUAACCAACAAGUUGGUAGAAGUAUUGUAGUAUCCAAAAAGCGACACCAUUCACAAUAUAUUCCACCAAUGUCCAUGAGUAGAGCUGCUAAUCUAACGAAACUAGGUCGGGUGCUUGCUCCAAAUGUCUCCCAAAAGGUUCCGUCUACUUCAAAUGCAACAAAACCGAAUAAAGAAGGAGCAAAGAGAAGGAUGAUUCUUGUUGAUGAGGAUGAUGAUGAGGACGUGGAAAUAUUCCAAGGUAAUAAAGUGGAUAAGGAAGUAGAUGGUGUUGAUGAAGAUGAUGAGCAUGGAGACAUGGCAGAUCAUAACUUUUCUGAAGAUGAAAACAAUGAUCAAGAACAAUUGCAUGGCCCUGAAAAAGAUAAAGCAACAGGUGCUCCCAAAAAGGUUAGAGGUCAUACCCAAAAGGCCGAAAUAUGGAAAAUGAAUACUACUGAAAGAAUAGAUGUCACAUUUAACGACCAUGGACAACCAGUGGGGGAAGAAGGCAAAGAACUUGUUCAGUAUCUUGGGACACUUGUGAGGAUGGCUGAUCAUGUAUCAAUUGAGUAUUCUGACUGGAGAAAAGUUCCUAUGAAAAAUAAAGAGGAUAUGUAUUCGCUUGUUAAGUCCAAAUUUGCUAUUCAUCCAGUUGAAACAAGUGAGAUUAAAGAAUGGAUAUUCCAAAACAUGGGGAAAAAAUGGAGAACGUGGAAAGGUGUAUUAAAGUCACGUGGAUAUGAUCCAAGCCUUACUAUUGACGAAAUUGUGACGCAACAAACUAAUAAUGACAAUAGAGUGAAUCCAACUCAAUUUAAAGAACUUGUUACUCGUUGGUUCACUCCGAAAUUUCAGACUACAUGCGCUGCAAAAAGAUUGAGUCGCUCAAAGAUGAAGGAGCCUCAUGUAACCGGGACAAAGUCGUUUGCUAGACUUGCUCAUGAAGUGUUUUUCAUUUCUGUUACUAAUCAUUAA